AUGAAUAUUCUAGUUUCAGUUUUUAGGGCUUACGCGCUAGCCUCGGGUCAAGUGGUUAACUGUAUCAAAUAUUUUAUUUACAGCGGAGCAAUGUCAACAGCUUGUCUCAACAUUCUUUCGUCUUUAUCUAGUUUCAAUGCUGGUCCCCCUUCCUUCAUGUACCUCAGAGCCCCAAUUUUUAAAGGAAAGCCUAGAGCAAAGUUCCUUCUGCCGAUUGCCAACAAAAUUAUCCUCAAGCUUGCUUCUUGGAAAGGUUAUCUGCUCUCUUUUGCUGGAAGAGUGGAAUCGGUCAAAUCCUCUAUACAAAGUAUGAUCAUUCACUCUAUGUCAAUUUACGACUGGUCGGUUUUUUUAUUGAGGGAAAUUGAAAAAAUUUCCCGGAAUUUUAUUUGGAGUGGUAAUGUAUUGAGUAAGAAAUCUAUCACUGUGGCCUGGAAGAAAAUAUGCAAGCCUAUUUCUGAAGGAGGCCUCGACAUUCGUUCUUUGCUUGAUUUAAAUGCAUCAUCAAAUUUAAAGCUUGCUUGGGAUUCUUUUAACUCGGAUAAGGACUGGGCAGUUCUUUCUCGUAGUCGGGUUUUGUGUAACAACAAUUUUAUUAAGCAUCAUAUAUAUUCUUUGAUUUGGUCUUCUAUUGAAGCUGAGAUUCCGGUUGUCCAGGAUAACUCUUCUUGGUUGCUUGGUAAUGGUAAUUCUAUAAAUUUUUGA